AUGGCCAUCUUAAACGGAACGCAUCUCACUGACGUGAAACCGGCAGUCGACGCGGCAGUCGAGUCGCUGAACUCGUCGCUGCGCGAGCUCAAUAGACAGAUCUGGUCUAACCCGGAACUCGCGUAUCACGAGUACAAAGCGCAUGAUACCAUUUGCGAUUUCCUCGAGAAGCAAGGCUUCACUGUUACUCGCCAUGCAUACGGCUUAGAGACAGCGUUCGAGGCCACCACUGGUUCCGGCGGUCGUUUGGUCAACUUCAACGCUGAAUACGAUGCGCUUCCUGGUAUUGGACAUGCCUGCGGUCACAACCUCAUCGCCACGAGCAGUAUCACUGCAUUUCUCGCCUUGUCGUUCGCGAUAAAGAAAUUCGGUAUCCCGGGUAGAACACAGCUGUUGGGAACACCGGCAGAAGAGAAUGGAGGUGGCAAGGCUCAAUUGAUUGAAGCCGGUGCCUACAAAGAUGUCGACAUUUCCUUGAUGGGUCACGCAUGUGUCCACGAGCUCUUCCCCGGUGUAGUUUCGGACGGUAUCGCGGGUACAUAUAUGAACGCCCGGAAGAAGCUCUUCUGCGAAUUCACCGGCGUAAGCGCGCACGCCGGCGGGAAUCCAUGGGACGGAGUGAAUGCCCUUGAUGCCCUGGUAGCCUCAUACAACAACGUCUCGGUUCUGCGCCAACAAAUCAAGCCCGAUGAGCGGAUCCAUUGCGCAUUCCUGGACACCCCCAAGGUCGCAAAUAUCAUCCCGCAUUAUACCAAGGCGAUCUGGCAGGCGCGCAGUCCGACAUUAAAGGGGUUGAAUCAGCUGGUGGCUAGGGUACGCAAUUGUAUCGAGGCGGCUUCUCUGGCGACCGGGUGUGAAGUCAAUAUCGUUGAAGACGAGCUGUACAAGGAUGUCCGACUCAACGAGACGCUGUGCGAACGGUACCAGUCCCAUAUGCAGGCAUAUGGUCGGAAUGUCCUCAAGGACCAUGAAAAGGUCAUGACGGCUUCUUCUGAUAUCGGCAACGUCAGCUAUGUCACUCCCACGCUACACACCAUGUUCGCCAUCCCCGCCUCCAAAGGCGCCUAUCUCCAUCAUUCGUCCUUUGCUGAGGCUGCAGGCAAGGACGAGGCGCACGAAGAGGCAAUUGCUGUCGGCAAGUCGCUGGCUCUGACUGGCUGGGAUAUGCUGACUGACAACGAGAAGUUUGAGGCCGCGCACAACCAAUGGCGCGCGAGUGUCCAGGAAUGA